AUGAAUGAUAUCGGCAAUAUAAAGAAAAAAGAAUCUGAGCAACCGAAAAGGAUUCCCGAAUUGUUAUCACAACAAAUAGCACCAUUAAAUAAGUCAAAUUGUAAAUGUUCUGUAAAAAAAGCAAUCAUCAGGAAUGAAUUACCGGAAUUGGUACCGGAACGAUUUCAUUCAUCUAACAAAAAGAAUUUACAAGCGACAAAAAAUGAAAAAACAAAGUUUUUCCACCUCGAAGAACAAAUGAAACAAUCAAUAAAUUCUGAUGACAGUAAUGAGAAUGGAACGGUUAUAAGCGCAUUAAUGGUAGAUAAUAUUACUGUAUUUCCACGUCAACUUAAAUGGAAAUUAGUAAAUACCGUACAACAAAUACAACUAAAAAAUCCAACUGAAAAUCGUUUUGCCAUAAAGUUUACUGUAUUAUGCAAAAUUCAUGAAUUAUUCAAAGGAUUAGCUGAAAAUAACAAUCGAGAGGGACAAGGUCAAAGAAGCAAUAAAGCAUUCAACAAAUACUCUAAGUAG